CCCCUCCUAUGCCCAACUCUGCAUUCCUCCUCUGCACUCUUUUCUUAAUUUUCCCAAACGCCUCUGCAGAAGAAAGACGAGAGGGAAACAGCAGAACAACAGCUGAACCAUCAGAGGAUCCAGGAGUUUAUAUCCUGUUGCUUCAAACAUAACGGUUUCUUGGCUGUAGGACACAUUUUGCUGCAAACAGCCAUGGUGUGUCUGCUGGUGUCCGUUACUGUCCUGCAUUUGGUCAGCUUGGCCAUGCUGUUCAUCGCCACUCUGGAAAAGUCCUGGUGGGUUUGGACAGAGACAGAAAUCACUGACCUUUGGCACAACUGCUUCUACAUGAACUCCACGCAAACCUGGGUUUGUGCAGCAGCCACUGAAAGCGACUGGCUUCAGUCCGUUCAGGCCCUCAUGAUCCUGUCUGUGGUUUUUUCGUCCGUCUCUCUCCUGGUUUUUCUGGGUCAGCUCAUCUUCUUGUCCAGGGGACGUCUCUUCUACUUUACAGGCCUCUGCCAGGCAUUUGCAGGUUUUACGGACUUUUCCGCUUGCCUCAUCUUCACCUUCCACAGAAAGGAGAUUCUAAGCAACUCCAGAGAUCCAAGCAACGGACGCUUUGGCUUCUGCGUCAUCCUGGCGUGGCUGUGCGUCCCUCUGCUUCUCGUCAGUGGAGUCCUGUACGUCCAUCUGCGGAAGAAGCAGUGAAGCAAGAAGAAAUAAACACAUAAAGGGAGCUGUUUUCAGAGAAUCUUUAAACAGAAUGAGGUUAAAUGUCCAGAAGCGACACAUUUUAUUUUAUUUUCUUCUCUUGUGUGGCGAAAUAAUCUUGAUAGCAUCUCAGAAAUGCUUUGAGAUCUAAUCUCAUUGUGUAAUAUGAAGCAUAAUGCAAGAGAAAAAUAAACUCAAACUGUUUUAA